UUCAGGUGUGAGAUUUGCUUCGUUUUAUUUAUGAAAAGGGAGAUAUUUACAUGAAAUAAGACCUUAGCCCAACGUGAGAGCUAGUGACUAGCUGCUCUCGCGCUUGUGAAAACAACUACUUGAAAACGUGAAUGCAGACGAUACUUUUUAGCGUGGAAUAAUUUAGUUGGCUUAUCGUGCUGGUAUUUGCAGUGUUUAUGUCGAUCGAGGGAAAUUGUACUUCAAGCAGUUUGAUAAGGUUGUUUGUUGUACAAUUUGCAAACGCCGUUUAAAAGUGAAGUGAAUUUGGAAGUGAUUUGCCAGAAAGCUUUAUUUGAUUACCGAGUAACAAUGAAUCGAUACAGUAGUUUUUGCUCCAUCAGACGGGAAUCGAUGCCGUCAUCAGCCAUCUCUUCUGCUAGAGUAUCAAAAAGUGAUAGUUGUAUUCAGCUAGAGAGUGUCGAGCUUCAGAAAGCAAAUUCAAAUGAAAACCUGCCACUGUUGCCACAUGAAAAAUGGCUAAGACGCCUGAUGUCCAUAUUCUGUGGAACAUUGGCCAAAUCGUAUGACCCUGAAACAAACACAUCUCAAGACUUCAAGCGAAGAUUAGGUGCUUUUGCGGGAGUAUUCGCACCUGUUGCCCUCAGCCAAUUUGGAAAUAAUUUAUUUCUUCGUACGGGUUUUGUGGUAGGACAAGCUGGUAUUUUAGAAGCUAUAGCUCAACUACUUAUUGCAUAUAUUAUACUGGUAUUAACAGUUUUAUCAAUAUGUGCUAUAUCUACAAAUGGUGCUGUGGAAGGCGGUGGGGCAUACUACAUGAUAAGUCGAGCUCUAGGUCCAGAGUUUGGUGGAAGUAUUGGAUUCUUGUUUUAUGUUGCUAAUGUUCUAGCUUGUGCUCUUUAUAUUAGUGGUUUUGUGGAAGGAAUACUACAGAAUUUUGGACCGGGUGGUACUUAUGUAAGUGAGGGAGGGGGUCUACCGGAUGGAUCGGAUUGGUGGAAGUAUCUUUACGCAACUGUGGUUCUUUUCUUUUGUUUAAUUGUUUGUAUCAUAGGAGGAGCCAUGUUUGCAAGAACUUCAGCAUUUAUUCUUUUGAUUGUUGUGAUAUGUUUGUUAUCAGUUAUUAUUAGUAUUUUUGCCAUCAAUCACGAUAUACUCGUUAAAAUACCUAUAACCAAUCAUAUUGUCUAUUCUGGUAACUUAUCUGAAGCAGCUAAUAUAACCGGUAAUUAUACAGGACUACAUGAAAAAACUUUUAGAGAUAAUCUUUAUGAGAGUUAUACUAAAGAUUAUAAUACUGGAGAUGAGAUGAAUUUUGCAACUGUUUUUGCUAUCUUGUUUAGUAGUGUUACUGGUAUAUUAAAUGGUGCUAAUAUGUCAGGUGAAUUAAAGGAUCCAAGUAAAUCUAUACCUAAAGGUACUCUAGCAGCUGUUGGUUUUACGUUUGUUAGUUAUCUUGUUAUCUCUAUAUUGAUUGGUGGAUCCUGUUCAAGAUUUCUAUUAACAAAUGAUUAUGUAUUUCUGCAACAAAUAAAUCUGUGGGGUCCAUUUGUGGUUAUUGGUAUUUUUGCUGCCACGUUAAGUGCAGCACUUGGUAAUUUAAUUGGAGCUUCACGUAUUCUUGAAGCUUUGGGUGUUGAUGAAUUAUUUUGGAUAUUUUUGAAACCAGCAACAAAAACAUCAAAAGGAGGAAAUCCUUAUAUGGCUGUCAUCAUAUCCUGGGCACUUGUGCAGUUAGUAUUAUUAGUGGGCUCUUUAAAUGCUAUUGCCCCAGCUACCUCUGUUUUCUUUCUUCUGUCAUAUGCGGCUGUUAAUUUAGCCUGUCUCGCUUUAGAAUUGGCCUCAGCUCCUAAUUUUAGGCCAACAUUUCGUUAUUUUACAUGGUAUACAUGUGUUCUAGCAUUAUUAGGUUGUAUGAUCAUGUGUUUUCUUAUUAGUGCCGUAUAUACAUCUAUAGCUCUAGUUAUUAUGUUACUACUUGUUAUCCUUCUGCAUUUCCGUUCAUUACCAACAUCCUGGGGGUCAAUUAGUCAAGCACUCAUCUUUCAUCAAGUACGCAAAUAUUUACUCAUGUUGGAUUCACGUAAAGCUCACGUUAAGUACUGGAGGCCGCAAAUCCUUCUCAUGGUGGCGAAUCCUCGACAGUCAUGCGAAUUAAUUGACUUUAUUAAUGACAUAAAGAAAAGUGGAUUAUAUGUCUUAGGACAUGUUAAAAUCGGUAAAUUGGAAGAUUAUCCAUCUGAUCCCAUUCUGGAUGUAUAUCCUCACUGGUUAUCUCUGGUCGACCAUCUGAAAAUUAAGGCUUUCGUUGAGAUAACUCUUUCUAGAAGUGUUAACGAAGGAUUACAGCAUUUAGUAAGAGUAUCGGGAAUUGGUGGGAUGAAGCCAAAUACCGUCUGUCUUGGGUUCUAUGAUAAUGCUGAACCAUCUGAUAGUCUUGUCAAAACGAAAGUACGCAAAAGGAAAUUGCUUGGUGAUGUUGAAAAUGGUAGUUACAGGAAAGUGGAUUCUUAUUUUGACGCCAUUCGAGAUGAUGAUCCAAAGAAGUUAACAGGGUUUGAAUAUGUGAAGCUUAUUCAGGACUGUCUCAAGUUACAAAAAAAUGUCUGUCUUUGUCGAAACUUUAACCAUUUGAACAAACAGAAGAUAAGUGAAGAAGAUGGGAUGUAUUAUAUUGACGUCUGGCCCGUUAACCUCUUCCGACCCGAAACGGCCAGUUUCUUUGACAACACCUGUCUGUUUAUGCUACAACUGGCUUGUGUAUUAAAUAUGGUUCCUAAAUGGCGAGGCAAAACCACUCUGAGAGUAUUUCUGUGCAUAAACGCCCAAUCAGACAAUACUAUACAAAAAGAACAGAAACUGGAGAUGUUUUUGCGCCAGUUACGAAUUCUGGCCAAAAUCCAGAUCGUAUCUUGGGAUCAUCUACAGCACUAUAUAACCAAUAAGUCUUUAGAGGAGGAUUCUGACGGUUCUCACAUGCAUGAAUUUCAGGAGGUUUCAGAGGAGUUUAUUAAAUCCAUCAACGAACUGAUUCAAGCCAACUCUAGUCGCACGGCAGUGAGUUUCUUCUAUCUACCUAAACCCCCAACAGAUUCUACACAGUUUGGUACAUAUCUAUCCCAUCUUGAUGCUUUAACAGCUAAUCUUCAACCCUCUGUUAUGAUACAUGGUCUUCAUCCUGUCACCUCUACCACAUUAUAAUUAUAAUCUUCUUUAAUGCUGAAUUCAGAAAUUCUAGAAAAUGGUGUUUCCAAGUUCAAAGUCAUGAAUAUGCAUUUAGGACCGAGUUGCAAUUACGUUGAUUUUCAAAUAUUUCCGAUAAUGACUUUUUGAAAAAUCUUGAUGCUAAACUGAAUUGAAAUUUAUACAUAGUGUUUAAGUUCAUAGACUAAGAUACCUAUUGGUAUUUAAUGAUUUCUAAUAAUUUUCAGCAGUCCCAAAUAUAGCAUUAAAAACAUAUUCACUCCACUUUAUUAUUAAUGUGUUUUGUUGUAGGUUUGUAUAUAUAUUUUUUAAUGUUAACUAGGUUUUUAUCUAUCAUAUGUCUUUCUUCAUCAUUUCAUAUUUUAUAGUAAGUUGUGUAGUAACAGAUCUUAAGCUUCAACAAAGUGAUAUCUAAUUUUAACCUGUUUAUUGUAUAUAUCCCGCAAUAAAUCUGUUUUGUUGUAUUAUAUAGAUGUCUGAGAAUCUUGAUGUUCGUUGUAGAAAUAACAUCUGUAGUUAUUUAUUUUUCAAGAUAUUAAUAUGUGUUCUUGACUGAUGAUACUCCUUUAGACAGAAACUAUGCUUAUGUUUAUGGUUACCCGACUGGCCCUAUUGUUUUGAGCCCAGAUUGACACCACUAAACAUUUUUUUCUCAUUUCCCAGGUGCCAUAAAUCGGUCUUGGCAUGGUUUUCUGCACACAUGAAAUUUUGGUAUUUACUUAGUAAUUAAGCUAGAAAUGCUAGGAAAUAAAUAACAUCAUUAAAAGAUUAAUUUAUUACUUCUUUUAGUUCCAUCCAAUCUUACCACACAAACCCCACUGAGAAAAAAACCGAGAACAAAUAAACAAACCAAAUUCCAAUCAACUGACCCUAUUUUGGGGGGUCAGGUAACUGUAAACACAGGUAAUAUUUUUGUAUGACCUACAAAUGUAAAUAUGUAGUUAUUUAUGGGUUUACCGGUACAUACUUUUCACUUGUAAUCAACUUGUGUGUAAAAUCAAACAAAACAUUGUAUCAAACCACAAAUAUCUUUAUAAAAAGAUUAAAAUAUUACCAAAAUAACAUACUGUAAAAAGUGUAUAUAAAUGGAUUUUAUAUUGUUUUGAUAUGUAACUAGUGAAAGCAUGACAAACAGUGCUGACAAAUAAAACUGAGUUGAAUAUUUCCUAAAGUUAUAUGUUGUGAUUUUGUUACAUUUUAUUGUCCACAUCAUUCUUUACCAUAGUGUACAGUUCCUUUGAAAGCUAUAAAUGAUCUUUAAAAUGGGGAAAAAUGAAAAAACAAUUAAAAUGUUUACAUAUUUAUCUUAUUUCAUAAUUUUGGGAAUUUUGAGGUCAUGAUUUAUAAAAUAUGUAAUCUUAUGGUGCUACAUUAUCAUAAACAGUUUUAAAUUAUUCUUGUAUGACAAUAGUGGCAACUAGCCAUAUGUAUUGUGAUGUAUUGGUGUUUUCUAUGUAUCAUUGUGGUUAUUUAUUUUUAUACGCCCCCAUUUUCAUGUGGACGUAUAUUGUCGUCGCCCCUGUCCGUCCGUCCGUCCACAAUUGUUUGUGAACAGUCUACAGGUCACAAUUUUUAGCCGAUUUCAAUGAAUCUUGAAAUAUAGGUUUAUCACCCUAAGAUCUCGGUUCCUUUCGAUAUUGGCAUCUAUCGGACCGUAACUUCAUGGAUUAUGGCCCCUGAUUGUACGAAAAAUCACGUUUUUGGCUUGUGAACACUGUAGAGGUCACAAUUUUUAUCCGAUUUUGUUGAAACUUGAAAUGUAAGUUUAUAAACCAAAGAUCUCGGUUCCUUUUGAUAUUCGCGCAUAUCGGACCGUAACUUCCUGAAUUAUGGACCCUGAUUGUACGUAAAAACGCAUUUUUAGGCUUGUGGACCCUAUAGAGGUCAUAAUUUUUAUCCGAUUUAAAAAAACGUAUUAUUAUAUCACCGUUAAACCCUACAGACGGUUGAGUUCAAAUUUCGUGAAAAUCGGCCUAAAACUGACAGACAAAAUGGCCGCCCUUCGUUCUCAAAUAGCGUAAAAAUAUGGUAUAUCAAGACUGUGGACCCUAUAGAGGUCUCAAUUUUAAUCUGAUUUUGUUGAAACUUGAAAUGUAAGUUUAUAACACAAAGUUCUCGGUUCCUUUCGAUAUUUGCGCAUAUUGAAUUGUAAUUUCCUGAAUUAUGGCCCUUGAUUGUAGGAAAAAUCACUUUUUUUUUAAGCUUGUUCUCUAUCCAUCUCUCGAAAAUGUGGGCGUAUCCUGCCUGGCAGCCGCUGGUUUAUAUUAUUAAACAAUAGUACUGUACAGGUGUUGUACUUAAAGGAGACAGACCACCAGACUUAUUUCUAUAUUCUAACAAUAGGUAGAUAACAAUGACAGCUACUAGAAUCAACUUUUUAAAUAUCUUCAGACACCGCUGCAACGACACCCUUAAUCAAAACUUGCAGUUUUUGGGAUCCCAGGCAGAACCAGAACUAGCAAUUGGAAAGGCUACCGUUAACAUUUAAUUUAAAUAAUUUCAACAAGAUAAACAAAUUUGACUGAUUUACUAGAAACAUUUUCAUUAUAAACUUGCAGAUUUCAUAUUGAAAGAUCUAAUAGUAUUGAUAAUUGAUAUUUUUGUCAACACAUUCAUUAUUUAAGCUGAGAAGUUAAACUGGAGGGGAUCUAGAAUUUGCUUCAAGUUUAGCUGUAAUCAUUAUCUAUCUUUUAUUUAUGAUAUAAAAACUGUAGUAUAUUAGCAUGCUAUGUCUUUUAUAUAUAUAUCUCGUAAUUAAAGAUUAAAAUCUAUAUUUAAAUCCUGUUUAUAUAAACAUAGAUAAUUAUAUAUUUAUUAAUAAGAAUAAGAGGUUACUAAAGAGGUCAACAAAGAUAAUUACUCAGUGCUUCAGUUUAAUAAAAUUUUAUGUGAGAUCAUUAUUUAUUAUUGUAUUUUUAUUUACCUGAUUAGUUAAUUACAGAUUAUAAAUAUUGAUGACGAUUUAAUGGGACAAUAAACCAUUCCAAUA